AAUAUAUGAACUUCAUAUAUUUCAUUGUAUCUGAGAAAUUAGUGGCUAGUCACUCUUGGGAUGUUAAGGAUUAAUGUAUCUUGUAUCCAAACCUUUAUUAGACCUUUAAACUUCAUAAGUUGUACUGACAUCUACUUAAUUAUUAUUAUUAAUCUAAUCUACACGUUUUACAAGAUAUCAACAUUAAUCGGUUGUGAAGCAAACUUUCAUGUUCAUGAAGACCGUUCACUUCCGCAAAUAGCAGGAGCUAGUCGAGGCGGGCGGGAAUUAGAGGUACAGCAAUACUGAUAGAUUACAAAUAAAGCGUAAACAUAAAUCAAUAACAUUUCCAGAAAAAGACAGCCGCUUGAAAUUCGUAUAUAUAACUGCAUCACUAAACAAAAGAAAAUAGAAACACUAGAGAAUGUAGAAUAUAAAUUAUAAAUCCGGUUUAUAAUUAGUAAUUUUUUGAAGUAGAAGGGGCGAUUCAACAUAGCACUCUGCAGAUGAAUUAGUUCAAUUAACUUCUCGCUGGUCUUUCAUAGUUCACAAGGAAAGCAUCGUGUUCUAAGCGAACACCAUACCAGUUAAACGUCCAAAUUUUACUACUACAUUUACCAUAGAACAUGUUUGUACUCUGUGAAGGGCAGACCCAGAAAAAUUGAGCCUUAAUGCUUCCCAAAAGCUUGGUUUUAACGGGAACUUGAAGAUGGGACAUUCUGAACGUCCAUGUUUCGUAUAAUUAGAAUACUGUUUGAAUGUUCUUUCAACGUGAUCAGUUAAGUUUGCGCCAACGCGCUAUAGCACAGCCCAAAUCUUCAAAUCACUUAGCUUAUGUGAUCAGAAGGGGUCUCAGAGCAUGGUUUGAAUUUCAUAGAAGAGCAUGUUGCCGCCCAACUUUCUCCUACGAAACACUUUAUAAACAAGACACCAUGUUUCCGUUUCCCUAAUUCCAUUGUCCAAAAAUAACUUUCCUCUGCCCCUGCCUCGAUACGGCGAUGAUGGUGCCUCGAUUUGGCGAACGCUUGCUUGUUUUCAGCGGGAAAUUUGUCUUCGAUUUGGUGCAGUGCAAUGGCUGCUGUGCGAACGAAAGAUCAGAAAAGAAAUGCAGCAAGAACCAAACGAGGGUCACAGAAACGUCCAAAGAAGGAUGUGGUCGAGCCAGAAACUUUAAAAAUAACCUGUUCGUUCAGUCGAUCGAAGGUUGACCCAAUAUACAAAGAACUUGGCGUUUCAGAGCUAAAAUGGCCCGCCGCUGAUGAACGAGAACUGAGUCAAGAAAUAAUGAGGGUGAAUCCGCUAAAUCGGCAUUCCAUUCUUCAGGCUCCCUGUCAAAAGUUUGUUGUUAGUCAUUGGGGAAAAACUUCAUGUUUAGUGGCAAGUGGCUCAUCAUUCACCAAGUGUAAAGCCUGGAAAAGUGGACCGAAAUCAAUAGAAUGCACAGACUGUGUUCACAACAGAAAAAGAACUGUUGUGAGGGAAAAACCCACUCCUAAUUAUUGGAUGAUGUUUUCUGAUGAAAUAAUUAUGUCAAUUUUUGGAUUCUUGCCAAAGAAGGCAAUAGUAAGAUGUGCAAGAGUUUGCAAACACUGGCAGAGAUUAGUGUAUGAUGAAAGUCUGUGGCAUCGCGUAGACAUGACCAAGUCAAACCUCCUACCUGGUUUGUUAGGAAAAGUUUUGAAACGCAGAACCAGUGUGUUGCGCAUAGCCCAUGCAAAGGUUGCUUCACCUUUAUGUGAUGACAAUGCUCCAUUCUUCCCUGAUGUAGUUCCUCUGUCACCAAAGUCACCAAAUAAGUCUUUAUUCAACCUGAGAUUAUUAGAUGCCACUUCCUGCAGUUUUCAAGAGGACACUCUCCUCUGCCUUCUCAUGCAAUCACAAAAGCUGACCCAUGUCAGUUUGGAAUCCUGCAAGGUUUCUACAUCCAUUUUAAGAGCCAUCAGUGAACUUCGUAAUCUUGAAGUUUUAAAUCUUGCCAUGUGUACUGGUGUAACAAUCACAGGAAUUUGCUCCUUGGUUAAAGGUGGAAAAAACUGCAGCUUAUAAAGAAUCUACCGCAGCUGCAACAACUCAACCUCAGUGGAUGUAGAGAAACUCUAACUGAUGACUGUAUCAAACAGCUUGUUAAAUCAUGUCCUCAAUUAACUCACUUGGAUCUGAGUGAUGGAGUGCUGUUAACAACUCAAUCUCUAGAAGCAAUUCUCAAAUUAAAGCACUUGGUUUGGUUGGGUGUCAGCAGAUGUUACAGUCUUCCACCAGUUUCCUUCAGCUUAUUUACCAAGUUGAAAUCACUCAAAACUUUACAGCUCUUUGGUCUUCUGAACACAGAAGGUGUAGAAGUACUGAAAGCUGAUCUUCCUAAUGUAAACGUGAACAAGUCAUUUUUCUCCUGUAUUGCAAGGCCAGUUGGGUCCAGGUACUCAGGAAAAAUAUGGGAAGUCCUGUGUAAGGAUUAAUGCUUAUUAAUUAUUUUCAAUUGAGUUACCAAAUCUCCUUGAGAUGUUCUUACACUUUUUGAGAUUAUUAAUGGAGAAUUUGAUUUUUAAAUUUAAAAAAAUAUUUCUCCUCUUUAAAUUUUUGGACGGUGGUUAAUGAUUGCAAUCAAUCCCUUUGGUUUUAAUGUACACUUUUCAAAGGAAUAUCACUUUUUCAGGCCUGAAGGCUUCGACAUUUUUUUAAAGUAGUUUCAAUUCAAGGAAUAUUAUAAUUUUGGUUUUGUCAAAAAGGGAACUGAAAUUGCAAGACAAUAUUUUUUUUAUUUUAAUUAAAAAUCAAAAAUUGUUUAAAAUAUAUUUUUUAAUUCCAGCAAUUUCAGAUGUAGUUGAUCUCAAAGGGAGGAAAAAUUGUGUUAAUUUGAAUUUGAAAUAUUAUGCAAGUCAGACUUGACACAAAUUUUUAAAAUUUGCACAGUUUUUCAAUCAAGAAAUUAACUGUUAAAUUUUUGGAAAAUACUUUAAGUAAUUAUAUUUUAUCUUACAUCAGUACAGUGUAUGUCUUUAUUGGCAAACUUUGGAUUGAAUUUGAGUUCAUUGAUCAGCUGUUCAGAUUUCGGUGUAUUUAUGAAUAACCCUUUAACUCCCAGGUUCUGAUUGGCAAUUCUCCCUCUAGCUGCCACACAUUUCCUUGUAAAUUAGUCA